ACUAACUAUCCAUUAAUCUUGUUUUUUUUUUGUACUGCUAAGUGUAAUCAGUAAUGUCUUGUUUGUACUUUGUAGUUUAUGGGUAAUGAUAAAACGUACAUUUUAUUUUGUAUAUACCUAGUUAAAGUUUAAAUAAAUAUGAGUUAUUAUUUAUACGGUAAAUAGGUCAGGACAUUUUUAUGUGGUUUAUUUUUUUAUAUUAAUUUUGAAACCAAUAAAAGUUAAAAGUGCCUUUCUUAUUAGGUAUUUUAAUUGGUAAUUAGCUGUAUAAUAAGGAUAUAGAUUCGGGAUACAAUGCUUACCGUUAAUAAAGUUUUAAACUCCAACAAUUUACGUAUAAAAAAUGUAACUGUGAUUCGAAACAUUACAAAAAAAGUGAAAAAUGUAAGAGAUGUAGGUUAUCAAUAUUUACAAAGAAGUAAAGUCCCCACAAUGCAUUUCCAAAAGUCAUUACCGCGCUUGCCCAUCCCGGAAUUAAAUAAUACUCAAGAUAGAUAUUUAAGUGCAUUGAAACCUUUACUUACCAAUGAGCAAUACUCUGAAGCUGUCAAAAGAACUAAUAGUUUUGUAACAAAUGAGGGUAAAGAAUUACAGAGAAAACUUGUUGCUAAGGACAAAGCUAAUAAACAUACCAGUUAUAUCUCGGAUUACUGGUUUGAUCUAUAUCUAAGAGAUCGUGCUCCACUGCCAAUCAAUUAUAAUCCCCUUUUGGUAUUUCAAAAUGAUACUAGGCCAGAAUACAAUGAUCAGCUGAUAAGAGCAACUAAUCUUCUAGUAAGUGCUGUAAGAUUUAUGUUGUCUCUAAGAGAACAAAUUCUUGAACCUGAAGUAUUCCACUUGCAACCCAAAAAAAGUAACACUUCUUUAUUCAGAACUAUUACUGGUUUACUUCCAGAAAGUUUAUCAUGGUACGGUGCAUAUUUAUUUAAGGCUUUUCCUUUGGACAUGAGUCAGUUUGGAGGUUUAUUUAAUGCAACUCGUCUGCCUUUGUUAAAUAAAGACAAAAUUUUCAAAGAUCCAACUUGUAAUCAUGUGGUUGUUCAGAAAAAUGGAAAUUUUUACAUCUUUGAUGUAUUAGACUCUGAUGGCAAUAUUUUAUCACCUUCUGAAUUUUUGGGAAAUUUAUCAAACAUUAUUAAUGAUAAUUCUCCAAAAGCCACCCAUCCAAUAGGAAUACUGACUAGUCAAAAUAGAAAUGAAUGGGCUAAUCAAAGGAAACAUUUAGAAGAAACUGGAAAUCAUGAAGUAUUAAGAAAAAUUGAUUCUGCUAUUUUUAAUUUAGUAUUAGAUGAUUUCAUUAUUGGAGAUAAUAAACAUAGAAUAUUGACACAAUUUUUACAUGCAGAUGGGCUAAACAGAUGGUUUGACAAAUCAUUCAGUAUGAUAGUGACUAAAGAUGGUGUGUCUGGUAUUAACUUCGAACAUUCAUGGGGUGAUGGAGUUGCAGUCCUUAGAUUCUUCCAAGAUAUUUAUACAGAAACUACAACUAAUCCUUUCAUAAGCCCAGAUACAAAGCCUUCAAAUAACAAUAUUACAGUUAAAAAGUUAGAAUUCAACAUUGAUGAUAAAUCAAAGAGUUUUGUUGAGAAGGCCAAAAUGGAAUACAAGGAUUGGUGUGAUUCUUUAAGCAUUGACUAUAUUUUAUAUGAAGGUUUAACAAAAGGAGCUUGUAAGAAAUUUAAAGUUAGUCCUGACUGUAUAAUGCAGCUUGCAUUUCAGGCUGCAUAUCACCUUAUAAACGGUAAAUUUGUGGGCACAUAUGAAUCAUGUAGUACAUCUGCCUUUAAGCAUGGACGAACUGAAACAAUGCGACCAUGUACUGAUAAAACAAAGGCAUUUUGUGAAAUACUCCACUCAAACAAACCAUCAUAUCAAGAACUUCGUUCAAUAAUGCAAGAGUGCUCUUCAUAUCAUUCGGAAUUAGUGAAGCAGGCAGCUAUGGGUCAAGGGUUCGACCGUCAUAUGUUUGCAUUAAUGAAGAUAGCAGAAGAGAACAACAUGCCAAGACAUGAGCUAUAUGACUCUUAUGAAUAUAAGUUCCUUAAUAAAUCAAUUCUAAGUACUAGCACUUUGUCCGCGCCUAGUGUUUUGGCUGGAGGUUUUGGUCCUGUUGCUAAAGAAGGAUUCGGCAUUGGGUACUCUGCUUUUCCUGAUAAGCUUGGAGCAGCCGUAGCAAGCUAUAAAGCUCAUAACAACAGCACACAGUUUGUCGAAGCUUUACAUAAGUCCUUUGUUGAUAUUACAAAAAUUUUAUCGGGAUAGUAGAAAUAAUAUAUUUAUUUUUAAAUUUUUUGACAAUCGUUUUGAUUGUCUGCAUUAUAUAUAGGGCUUUAUCAAUAUUAAAAUCUAUAAUUAUUGUAUAAGAUGAUCAUUUAAAGAAAUCUAGAAUCAUAUUUACACUCUUUAUUAUAUAUUUUAAUGACACAUAUGCAUAUGAAAUAUAUAUUUUUAUAUUAAAUGAUUAUUGUAUUUUUGAAGUGAUACUGAAUUUAUUGCAACUUUAUAUAUGUAUAUAACAAAAGAAAUUUCACCACAUUCACUUUUACUGAAUUACACUAGCUUUAUAGUUUUAGAUGGGGUUUGUAUUUUCUAAACUAAUAAUAAUAAUUGUACUCUAGUGCUGACUUUUACAGACUUAAAAUUAUCCGGUGGCUUAAAUAGAAACUAAUUUAGUGCAGCCCUCUUUAUUAAUAUAUAAUAUUUAUCUUUUGUAUUAAUCUAUUUUGUUUUAUAUUUUUUUUAUAUGACCUUUAUAAAAUGUUAGGAAAAUGUUGAUUCUUUUAAAUUUGAAUCACAGUAAAAUUUAUUAUUUUUCUAUAAAUUUCACUGCAAUUCACAUAAUCCAAGGCAAGGAGAUAAGUACUUGUCUUUUAUAAAUUGUCUUAAUAUAGCAGUUAUAUUUCGCUGAAGAAAUGUUGUAAAUCUAAAUAUAAAUCUAUUUUUUUACUAAAUGUUAAGUGUCAUUAAGGUUUUGCAUUUUUAUAUUUUUAAAAAAUAAUUUAAGGUAAAGCAUUUUUAAACUUGUUAUUUUAAAUAAAAAUAUA